AUGGGCCGCGGCGGUGCCUGCCCAUCCGAUCCCCCCCCGCCCUCUGGCCUCGCAUGCGACUCAUCCACUUCGGCCGACCCCGCCCCAUCGUCGUCGGCCGAAGGCCCGAUGGCAGAUGAGGCCGACGGUGGGGGGAUGGGCGGGGGGCACGCCGGCGAUGCGCUGCGGUCUAUGCGCCUGACGGACGUGCCGUGCGAGAUCGAGGAGUCGGAGACGUCCAGCCAGGAAGGGGGGCCGAGCGGGGACGGCGAGGAGAGGGCCACGGGAGGCCCUGGCCUGGUUGCUCACUGUACAAGCCUUGAAGGAGCAGGCAGCAGCUCCAACGAUAGCCCGCGGGGUGGGAGUGCCGCCGAUGGAGACCCCAGCAGCGCUGUUGAGUGCAGUGGCAGCCUGGCUGCGCAGGAUGCCCUGCAGCCAUGGGCAUUGAACUUGGAAGAAAUGAACGACGAGAGCGACGAAGAUGACCAAGAGGGAGAAGAAGAUUUGGAGCCAUUGGAGUGCUUGGAGUGCCUGGAGGAAGACGUUUGCAGUGACUGGGACAGUUCAACUGAUGACGGCCUUCCGGAGGAUGGACAACCAAGCUGCAGUGGACCCGGCUACCUGCAGCUUGACUGGCAGACCUACUCCGCCACUUCCACACCAAACCACAAACAGGUUGCGGAUGCGCUGUGCUGCAAUGGGGGUCGCUGUGGGCGCAGUGGGACAGAUGAGGUGGUCAUGUUUACGGCUGACGUGUUGAAGGUGCAGAGGGUGCCCAAGGAGGGGGGUCAGGAACUAGAGACCCUGUCGGAGGUGCAACUGGACACACACCCAUACUCAGUUGACAGGACCCCAGAUGGAAAAUCCAUUGCAGUUGGUGGGCACCGUGGAGUCAUCACUUUCUUUGAGGUCGAUGACGAUCAGGAGGCAGGAACAUCAGCCAGCAGGUCAACAGUUCUGGACCAGAAGGUCAACAAUCGUGGUCACAGGCUUCGCCACAGGGGCGUCUUCUUUGUGGCUGCAGACACCAUGGUGAACAGCGUGCGCUUUGGGACUGUGGCUGGAAAGCAGCGGCUGGUGGCAACGACACAGCAUGGGUACAUCCUCCUGUUUGAGAUGGAGGGCAGUGGAACCACACCCUUUGUGUGCACAUCCCUGUUUGAGCCUGGCGAUGCUAGGGCCUCCGACGGCACCAAGUGCCAGGUGGUGGGCCUAGCCACAGAGAGCGGUGCGAUUCGCCACAUACAGAUGGGCACGGCGGCCAUUGGGCCCUUUCAGUGUGCCGUGAAUUUCGCAGUGCCCUCUCCUGAUGGCCAGCUGCUCGCGCUGUGUCUGGACAUCAAGGAGCUGUACUUGCUGGCGGAGAAGGACGGGUACGCUCUCCACCAGAAGUCCACCCUGAGCUUCGCGCAGGUCACUGGCAAGGGCCACCGCACACGACAGAUUCAGGAGGCAGGCAGCCAAUAUUGUGCGUUCAGCCCUUCUUCCAAGUACCUUGCAGCCACCAGCGACCUGACGUUCUCCGCGCUGGUGUGGGAUGUGGCCAGUAGGGAUCUGCUGUUCCAUAUCAACACAAACCAGCCAUCCCUGGCCAUCAGCUUUGCCGCAUCUCGGGACGAGCUGCUCAUGUUUACAGAGAGCCGAAAGAGGCUGCAUGUGAUGGACAUCAGGUAUCCCAAGGCUCCCCAUCAGGUCGUGACAGCGCCCUCAGCAAACUCAAGAUUGUGUUUCAACCUGCGGGUGGAAGCACGCACCACCAUCACAGGCCUUUCAGUCACCGAUGAUGACUCUGUGUACUUUUCCACAGUGGACCGCCUGUACAAAUUCCGGCUGCUCCCCAGCGCCUGGUCUCGCUCCACCCACCGCUACUUCCCAGCUGGCUUCAAGGCAGUCGUGCGCCUCAUGCUGAUGGCGGCCUCGAAAGACCCCACCUGCUGCCUCUGGAUGCUGCCUCCCGGCACCCUGGAGCGAGUUGUGUCCAUGGCCGCCCUGCCGAUCGUGCAGUGGACGGAUCCCAAGCAGUGCACCAGGAGAAGAGGGCCCAACAGGGGCAGGAGGUGUGGACUUUUGCGAGAACAGCUCCACUGA